AUGCCACCGCUCCGCCGCACCUGGCAGAGGGACAGCCCCGCCGUCAGCCGCCGCACCGGGAUGCGCGCCUGGGGCGUCUGCCGGGGACGCGCACGCCUGUGUCGCUCACGCGUGUGCGCUGGGUGUGCGCGUAUGUCGCUCGCGCGUGUGCCCGGGGUGCGCACGCGUGGCUGGUCGGCGUGCUCGGAACGCGCUCGCCUGUCCCUUAUGCGUGCGUGCCGCUCGUGCCGUGUGCCCCGGGUGCACGCGCGCGUGUCCCUCACGCGGCAGCCCACGGGUGACACGAACCCGCGCGGACGAAGCGCGCUCACGGGCGGGUGCGUGCGGCGCCGGCACCCGCACCCGCACCAGCCGCCGAGCAAGCGCCGCCGAGCCGAGCCGAGCCCUGCCGAGCCGAGCCCUGCCGAGCCGAGCCCUGCCGAGCCGAGCCCUGCCGAGCCGAGCCCUGCCGAGCCGAGCCCUGCCGAGCCGAGCCCUGCCGAGCCGAGCCCUGCCGAGCCGAGCCCUGCCGAGCCGAGCCCUGCCGAGCCGAGCCCUGCCGAGCCGAGCCCUGCCGAGCCGAGCCCUGCCGAGCCGAGCGCCGUUCGCAAGCACACCGAGGCGCGUUACCCUCUCCCGCCCCUGGCACCCCCUCCACCCCGCCCCGGGGCACGGUCACCCGCACCCCCGCCAGCCACCCCCGGCACCACGCCGGCCGUCCCCGCUCUCGGGGCUCACCGGGCCUGGGGCUGCCGCUGGGCUCGCUCCGCUCCGCUCCUCCCCGGCCGCGCUCCCGCCGCCGCGUUCCCGCUGCCAGGCAGACUCCACACUGCCGCCGCGGGGACCCGGCGCGGGAUACCACCCCUCACCCCCCCCAUCCCCCGCCCCCGGCGGCGCGACCAAUGGGAAGAGGGGCUCGGGGGGCGGGGCGGCGUCGGCCAAUGGGCGCGGCGCGGGGGCGGGGCCGCUUCGCCGCCGUGCUCCGACAUGGCCGCCUCGCUGCGCGGGCUCCUGCGGCCGGCGGCCGCCCAGGCGCUGCUGGGGGCGCGGCGCUGCAGCGCCGGGAGCCAGUUCCAGUACCUGGCAGUGCAGAAGACAGGGGCACGGCAGAGCGUGGGCCUGAUCCAGCUGAACCGGCCGCAGGCGCUCAAUGCCCUUUGCGAGGGGCUGAUGGAGGAGCUGCGCCGGGCACUGGAGGCCAUGGAGAACGACCCCCAGGUGGGGGCCAUCGUCAUCACCGGCAGCCAGAAAGCCUUUGCAGCCGGCGCCGACAUCAAGGAGAUGCAGAACAAAACCUUCCAGGAGUGCUACAGCAGUGGCUUCCUCUCGGGCUGGGACAAGCUCGCCACCGUCCGCAAGCCUGUGAUCGCCGCCGUCAACGGCUACGCCCUGGGCGGCGGCUGCGAGCUGGCCAUGAUGUGCGACAUCAUCUACGCCGGGGAGAAGGCGCAGUUCGGCCAGCCUGAGAUCCUGCUGGGCACCAUCCCGGGCGCCGGAGGGACGCAGAGGCUGACCAGGGCGGUGGGCAAGUCGCUGGCGAUGGAGAUGGUGCUGACCGGGGAGCGGAUCUCGGCGGCGGAGGCGAAGGAGGCAGGGCUGGUCAGCAAGGUCUUCCCCGUGGACAAGCUGCUGGAUGCUGCCGUCGCCUGCGCCGAGAAGAUCGCCGGCAACUCCAAGCUGGUGGUGGCCAUGGCCAAGGAGUCAGUCAAUGCUGCCUUCGAGACGACGCUGGCGGAGGGAGCCAGGACGGAGAAGAGGCUUUUCUAUGCCACCUUUGCCACGGCUGACCGCAAGGAGGGGAUGACAGCCUUCGUGGAGAAGCGCAAGGCCAGCUUCACCGACAGCUAGA